GUAAAAACAUAAAAGAAGAGAAAGUGAAUCCAUUGUAUGCAACCUCACAAGCAUCUGGUCAAACAAGUGGGGAUUAUGCAACUGUGGAUCUUAAGAAAAAGAAAGGAAAAGGAAAAGUCGAAAAGGAAGAAAAAGUGAACCCAUUGUACGGAUCAUCUGGGCAAGCUGGUAAAGUGGAAGACGCUUAUGCGGAAGUCGAUAAGAAGAAAAACAAGAAGAAAAUUGAAAAAGGCGAAAAAGAAGAAAAAGCGAACCCUUUGUACGUUUCAUCUGAUCAACCUAAUAAAGUAGAGGAUGCCUAUGCUGAAGUCGACAAGAAGAAAAACAAGAAAGCAAAAGCGAAAACUGGCAAAGCAGGUAAGAGGGGGAAUUCUCAACAAGCAUCAUCAACUGGAGGACACGAGGAAGUUGAUUUAUAUAAAAAGAAAAAGAAAGAAAAACCAACAAAAGAAGAAAAGGUGAACCCAUUGUACGUUUCAUCUGAUCAACCUGAUAAAGUAGAGGACGCUUACGCUGAAGUCGAUAAGAAGAAAAACAAGAAGAAAUCAGCUACAAAACCUGACAAGGAAGAGAAAGUGAAUCCAUUGUACGUUUCAUCUGAUCAACCUAAUAAAGUGGAAGACGCUUACGCUGAAGUGGACAAGAGCAAAAACAAGAAGAAACUAAUAAAAGCUACCCCCACAAAAGAUCAACCCAGUACUUCAAAGAAUGAAACCUAUACCGAAGUAAAAAAGCUGAAGAAAAAACCUUUGAACCAAAACAAUAAUGAAAACACGCAACAAACACAAGAUGAUGCGACUUACUACAGUGUUGUGUUGCAUGGGUCACACGAAAAAGAUAAAGACAAACUAGAUGAAUCAGAGGAUUCUGAACAAGAAUAA